AUGAGAUCCCGUUACCUUCUCGCUACUUCGUUAGCUGCGAGCGCGACUGUAGCUGCAUUGGAAGUUGAUUUGCCGAUUUCAGCAAAAUCUGGCGACGUCGAGUCAGACUCAGUAGCCGUGUUCUACGAUGAUUCACAGCCCCUCAUCGUUGGCAAUGAUGGUGGUGCUAGUACUGGUGGACUACGCCUCUUUACUUUGGACGGCGAAACCCCGUUGACAGAAACGGCCCACGAGACUCCUGGUCGCACGAAGCUUGUAACAGCCGUCCACGGGGUUGGCGAGAAAAACCUCGUCGUUACCAUCGCCCAACCUGAUUCCUUCUUUCGACUUUACGACGCAAGCACCACCAAGCAAGUUGGUGAGCCUCUGGCACGUACCUUAGGUGACUGGUCAGCUCUCUGCUCUUGGAAGAGCCAAAGCAGUGGAGAACAGUAUAUCUACUUGUUCGGCAAGAAGCAAACUGUGCAGCAUCUCUUGAGGGAAAAUAAUGGAACUUAUGAACUUGUUGAGAUCCAAACCUUCGCAAACCCAAUCGAGGCGACGUCGUGCGCCGUCUCUUUGUCUGCGGAGGCUGUAUAUUUCGCAGCGGAUGACGGCCCUGAGAUUUAUACCUUUCCAGCUACGGAGACAACUUCAGCGCCGCAAAUCAGUGUUCUCGGAAAGGCUGAAGAUGAUGUUACGGCACUUGCCGCUUACAUUAGCCUCGACUCGGAUUAUAUCCUGGUUGCUGAGAACGAUGUCAUAGCGGUAUAUAAUAGUUCCUUCACCCAGUUGGGUUCUAUGAAGAUUACCUCAGAUGAGGACAUCGAAAUUAAGGGCCUAAACGUCUACCAAGCGCCGACAAAGAAAUACCCAGCCGGCGCAGUAACCUAUGCUACGAAAGGUGAUUCUGGAAAGAGAUUUGCCGUUAGUUCCUUGGAAGCAGCAUUCAGUGGGCUAGGCCUAGAUCUGAACACAUCUUACGAUCCUCGCGAGAAUAUAAGCAGUUCCAGCUCUGUUUGCUCUCAGUGCAGCUUCAAUGGCUUUUGUCAAAACGGUACUAGCGACGCGGGUACACUCUCGUGCUCAUGCUUCGCAGGAUUCGACGGCGAGGACUGCGCAAAGAUUACGUGUCGUAAUGACUGUUCGACGCAUGGCGAAUGUGUUGGAGCGAAUAUAUGUCAAUGCGAAGAUGGAUGGGGCGGCUUGUACUGCGCAUUCAAGGUGGUGCAGCCCGUUGCUGAAACAGAUGCUCACGGCGGCGAUGGAGAUGAUCCUGCGAUAUGGAUAUCGCCCACUGAUAAGGCCGAAUCGAGGAUUAUCACUACUACGAAAUCAGAAGAAGGCUCUGGACUGAGCGUUUUUGAUCUCGGUGGGAAGCUAUUGCAGAGCAUAGACGCCGGGGAGCCGGAUAACGUUGACGUGAUAUACAAUUUCCAGGCUGGAAAUAGAACUAUUGAUUUGGCGUAUGCUGCUUGUCGAACUGACAAUACUCUAUGCCUCUUUGAGAUCACUACCAAUGGUACUCUACAGACAAUAGCCGGUGGCUCGCAGCCAACUAAAGACGGCUAUAAGGUCUACGGUAGCUGCGUAUAUCACUCGCGUAAAAGUGGCAAGCAGUAUCUGUUUGUCAACGCCAAGUCGGCCGAGUAUCUUCAAUAUGAACUGACAUGGGCUGAGGAUGCAUUGCAAACUACCUUAGUGCGUAAUUUCACGGGCGGAACUGGCAGUCAAGUAGAGGGAUGUGUCUCAGACGACGCAAACGGAUGGAUUAUCAUCGGCGAGGAACCUCGUGCUCUCUGGCGCUAUGGUGCAGAGCCGGAUGAUGACUCUAGCGAAGGAUUCCUUAUCGGAGAAGUUGGCGAUGGCAAUAUGUACGCAGACGUUGAAGGUGUUACAUUGGUUGAAGGUCCAUCAGCGGACAAGGGUUUCAUACUCGUCAGCCAGCAAGGUGUCAGUGCGUACAAUGUGUACCGUCGGGCUGCUCCUCACGACUUCGUCGAAACCUUCACGAUUUACGAGAACUCGGAGAAAGGCAUAGAUGGUGUAACUAACACUGAUGGACUUACCGCUGUAGGCGCAGCCCUCGGAGAUGCUUUCCCCAACGGAUUAAUAGUCACUCAUGACGAUGCCAAUCAACUACCAGAAGGAGGCACAAGCAACGAAGCGAGCUACAAACUGGUUAGUCUUGGAGAUGUACUCGGGGAGGAGUUGAUGAAGGAGGUCGAUGCGAACUGGGAUCCAAGAGCUUAG